UUUGUGUUUCUCAGAUACGAAAUGAAAAAACGAAUAUAUAGUGUAUAAUAUAGUAGAUUCCUGUUAUAACCGUAUAGAUCGAAAAAACCAAAUCGUAAACAUAAAAAUGUCAAAGUACUGAUACAAAUCUGCUGAUUAUAUUAAUUGUUUCACUUCUCCAUAAAUUUCUUAGUGUUAUAAACAAUGUCAUUGGAACAAACAGCCUGUGAAGAUAUAAUUGCAGAUUUAAAAGCUUUUGAGAGACGAUUGACAGAAGUUAUUGCUUGUUUACACCCAUCAACAACACGAUGGAGAAUUGUUCUAGUCACAGUCUCCGUGUGUGUUGCCACAGGGGCUAGUCAAUGGAUUUUAGACCCGGAAACCAGAGUGGUUUCAUUGUCACAAUCGUUGAUUAACCACCCGUUUUUUAUAUUGUCUACCAUAAUUUUAAUUAUAAUUUUGUUCCUGGGUGUGCAUAAACGAGUGAUAGCGGCAUCGAUAAUAACAUCACGGACUAGAGAAGUGUUGAGUGAUUUCAAUAUGUCUUGUGAUGACACAGGUAAAUUAAUAUUGAAGCCAAGACCGACAAAUCUUAGUUGAUUUUUGAUAAUUUUAAUUUGUUGUGUAAGAUAUUAAUAAAUUUAUUAUGUAAUUA